UAAAUUUGAUACUUUGUUUGGAGAUUACAAACUGACACGAUGAGGCAAAUGAUAUUGAUUUGUCUAGCAUUUUAUUUCUACAUGAGCGUUGCAGGAAGUAAGCCAUGUGUUUUCAGCUCAGAUUUAGACCGCAAGAAAAGUUUGAAUGGAUUAAAUAUUACCUCAGACGGUAAUGUGCUUUUCUAUUUGAUCGGGAAUCAGGACAACUGUUCAAUUGACCUGGAUUUUGUCUAUGAACAGACGCGUUUGUAUACGUUUGAAAAGACUUCUAAACGAAAUUUAGACGAAGCUGAAGUACUAGUACAUAAAGAAUACAACUUUUUCUGUGACAAAAACAUGGCUUUACAUUUUAUAACAAAUAACAUGAACGAUGCUGGAAAGCUAAGAAUAGCUAUUGCGUUAGAGGUUUCGAGGUGUGAUGUGUAUUUGGACGAGUUGUCCUUGUUUCUUAAAUAUGGAAAUAUUUGGUCUAUUACACAAAACAAUGAUUCCAUGAUACGUGCGCCGUCACAUAGAAUAAGUUGUCUCUUCAGCAAACACAUACGUAUAGUUACCGCAAAUAUUAACUGCGAUGACGUGACUUUGACUCAAUUUUUCUGGGAAUCUUGUAAAGAAAUCUUUGAAAAAGUGAGUAUUCUUCAACUAAAAGCAUGCAAGAUAAAACAUGUCAGUAUAUACCCAGAAACUUUGGUGAAAAACUUCCCAAAGCUUCAAUGGCUGCAGCUGGAAAAUAUUGACCUUUCGACACGAAUGACGUUUCCAUGGAUAUACUCGAAAGUUGGUACUGCAGAUCAAGAUGUCCUUGGGCUAUCUAGUGAGACGGAAGUUACCACCAAGAUUGGGAUAUACAACUCAAAAUUUGACACCAGGACAAUGUUACGUUUUAGUGGUUAUAUAACGGAGGUAAUCAUCAACAAUGUAGAUGUUAAAGUAAAUGAAAAUCAAAUGUUUAAAGAUGUGACUGGGCUGCAUCAGGUGGAUCUUAGCAGCAACAACCUUACAGAAAUAAACGAAUUACUCUUUGAAAAACAGUCCGAAAUACAAGGCAUCCAUCUGAAAGACAAUAAACUUAUCAAUCUUCCAGAGCAUGUUUUUAAAGAUCAGCAUAAACUGUUAUUUCUUGAUUUGUCUAAUAAUUUACUGUCCUCAGUGGAUUCAAAUCUACUGAAAAACCAAAGAUAUCUCCAGGAGUUACAUCUAGAAAACAACCGACUACAGUUCUUACCGCAAUACUUUCUGAAAGAACAAAUUAAUUCCCUUAUGUUCUUAUAUUUGCAUUCAAAUCCCUUAAAGACAAUCCCAGUUAUGCCAUUCUACGGAACACAGAUAGAAAUCAUUGAUCUUCAUGGAAGCAGUAUAACAGGUAAGAAUAUUGCGGAACUCGUUGGCAUUCUACACUUAUAUGGCAUUUUAAAAGCUGGAGCUGAACGAGAAAAGUUUCACCCCACUUUCAAAGUUGGCAAACUUCCUUUACAACGUCGGGAGAUUGAUCUAUCUUUUUGUAAGAUUAGAGAUAUCCCUUUAGAUUUAAAUAUCAAAAACCCUAGGCCAGGUUUAAAUCUUCUGGAAUUGUUUAAAUCAUUCUAUAUCAAAGGCGACGGAAAUCCCUUUACAUGCAACUGUCAGUUGCAUAAAGUGAAGCAGCAGCUAGGCAUAAAGAUGGACUGGACUUGUAUGUAUCCACAAGAACUACAAGGGAGAUUAGUAACAAAUAUAUCCGAAAGCGAAGUUUACUGCCCAGUCAAUGUUACAGACUGUCCCAUAUUGUGUGCCUGCUAUAUCAGACACGACAAUAGCAGUUUGAUUGUAGACUGUAGGAAUAUAAGCAUGUUGACUUUACCAUUGAAAAUGCCUAAGGGUCGUAUGGAAUUGUGGUUCAAGAACACCAGUUUGUUUACACUUGAGCCAAGGGAUUAUCUGCUAAACGUAUCUGUGCUUGACCUCUCAGAAAACAAACUGACUUACAUAUCACCAUUAGCAGCAACAAAAUUGCAAAAUGUGGUCAGUUUAAACUUAGAAAACAAUUACCUGACAUCGCUCCCAGUUCAAAUUAAAUAUACGAACAUCAGUAGAAUAUCCUUAACAGGAAAUGCAUUUCUGUGUGACUGUUACACAAGAUGGAUGAGGGCCUGGUUACACGAUAGACUGUGUCCUGUCACAGACUGGAACAUCAUUAAAUGUACAGACAAUAACAAGAAAGUGAACAAAUUUAUAAACCUUCCGGAUUCUAUUUUUGUAUGCAACGAGAUAAAAGCACCGAGAAUUGUUAUAUUUCCGUCUGUUGUAAUCGGGUCCAUAUUGUUCGUGAUAACGGUCCUGUCACUGACCAUCUAUUUCCAGAGAUUUACUAUAAGAGUUUUGCUUUAUAUGUUCUUUGGAAUCCGUAUUUGUGACGGCUUUGCUGAUAAUCCAGAUGACGUCAAACACGACUGUGUAGUUUUCUAUGACAAAAAUGAUGGAGACUUCGUUGAAAAUAACAUCAAAAUAUAUUUAUCAGAAUCGGGUUAUAAAGUAGCAGAUAUGUACAAAGAUCCUGUAAUUGGUUUCACGCUUUUAGAAGGAAUUAAAAAGCUUAUCAACAAAUCAAGAAGAGUUAUAUUUUGUAUGACAAUACAAAGUCUAAAUUCUGAAUUAAUGUUAACCUUAUGGAGACUCGCUUCUGAACGGGCUAUGAAAAAUAUCCCUGGAUCUAUUAUUCUUAUUGUUGAUAAGGACAUAAAAGCUAACUGUACUGAGGAAAGCAUGAAAUUAUAUAUAAAAAAUGGCAGAUAUUUAAAAAUGGAUUCUACACUAAUGCACAAAAGCAUAGAAUAUCUCAUGUCAUCAAGGAUACAGUUAGAUCCAAACCAGGGAGAAAACGAUCUUGAAGAAUAUUGCAUAGAAAGUAAUCAAGUUGAUAAAAUCAAUUUAUGCGAAAAUAUUCCUAAUGUCGCUUCAACGGUUGUGCAAAAAAGUCUUGCGGAAGCAAAACAUGACAUUUAUAUUGUCUAUCCCGAUGUUUUAGAAGAAUUACACCAAUUAACUAGGUACGAGGUUAUCCCAUUUCUUCGACAAAACAAUCGGAAUGUGUGCGUUCUUCAGGAUGAAUUUGUAUUUGGAGAAGAUAUUAGAUUCGGUAUCGAACCUAAACUUGACGAAGCAAAGCACGUGAUCUUCAUCCUUUCAAACGAAAUAUUGGAAGAUGACGUCAACCAGUUCAUAUUGACCACCAUUCUUACCAAAGCUGUUGUAAGCAGCAGUAAUUAUCUGUUGCUUUUCUCAUAUGGCCAGAUUGAUGUGGACAAGAUGCCGGAGAAUUUGAAGAAAUAUGUCAACAGUUAUAUCACAGCUAGUGUAAAUGAUCCUAACUUUAAAGAACGUAUGCUAGAAGCUCUCAUGUUUGAAGAAAACGAUAGUGAAAAAGAAGAUGCUAACAGUGUAGUGACAGAAAGCUAUGUAGAUGAUGCCAAUAUAAUCUGACAAAGCGCAAAUACCUUAUUUCUUAGCUUAGUCCAUAGAGCAGUAAUUUAGUAAUGUACCUGGUGAAUGUUUAAUUUUUAUAAUUUCGCGGCAAGGAGAUACAGCAGGGUUAAUAUAAUAGUAGCUGAUCUGGGAUGCUGUAUGCUCGAGUGGAUUUUUCAAGAUCGGAUCUCAAAAGGCGCGCAAGCGCCGUGUGUGAUCUGUCCCUGCAAAAUUCACGAGAGCCGAAUCUGUUGUUUUGUUAUCGAACGAAAUCUUCAAUGUUUAUCGACGUUAAAUUAGAACUGAGAGAAGAUUUCAUGUGCACUGUUUUUGAACUGUCAAAUGAAAGUAGUCCGGCAACAUACAAUACAAAAGGUACAAAGCGGAUAUUUUUCUGCCUGUUCAUAUUUUCUUGUGAAAUACAAGCCGUAUUUUUGACAGAAUUUAUAUAGGUAUAUAAUAAAUGGUUUUAUCUUAUAAUUGUGAGGUCAGAAAAGUUUUCUUUCAUGUUUUAGUAUGACUUCGAACUGAAAUAAAUUAAGAUGUAUCCGAAAUAUCUGAGUUUGGUUAAAAUGUCUAAUCUACUGGCCGUAGCUUCUAAACAGCCGCAAAUAAUUUGAAAAGAAAUAAAACAAAGCUACAAAUACUUCAAUAUAUUUUGUCGAAGUACAAGUGAAUAGCCAUAAUAUAAAUUUUAAUGUUUAGUUCCACAGCCGAAGAUGGUAUCCGUUAAAAGAGAUAAAAAAAGCUUGACUAGAACAAUGAAUUUCUGAGAUAUUGAUUGAAUAUAAAACCAUAGCUUCAGUACUAUAAAAAUCAUUACCAUACUAGUAUUUGAAUACAAUUCAGUAUACUAACCUGUGGUGAAAGGAUAUCAUUGUACUUGUACACAAGACCCGGGCUAGGCAUGUUUUCCGUGAUGAUUUUAUAAAAGACAUUAUGUCUUAUGUCAAAGCGUCAUCCAUAUGUGGAGAAAUUGGCAGUUACUUGCAACAGGUUAAUACUUGUACAAAAUCAAAGAACACUGGUUAUGUUAACUUCCUGCAGUUACAUAAAUGAAAUACUGUUUGGUUAAAAACAACCAAAUGGUAUUUACAGUCAUAUGGGUACCGCUCACAAAGCGUUUCUUAAUGAUAUUUUUUUAGAAUGCAAUUGCACACUUAACAUAAUGUAUUGAUAUACGGUUUUAGAAGAGAUAGAUGCAUUUAGUGAUUAAGUUCCAUAAUCGAUGAAUGAUUUACUCUCAAACCUGUCUAUAAAGUCCAUCCUUGGGAGAGCCAAAAUGUGGUCUUUAUCGGGAGGUUGUCUUUAUUCACAGGUUAAAAUACACUGUAAAUGUUAAAAUGGGAAACAAAACAUGCGGUCUAUAGAGCCAGGUGGUCUCUGUUCAGAGGUGGUCUUUAACACAUGUUUGACUGUUGUACGAAAUAAGGAAGGUGUAUAAACAUUCUAAUUUUGUUGAUGUGUUUAAUAUUGUAUAUGUAACGUAGUAUGUAUUGUUGUGUAAAACCUUUUGUCUCUAAAGAGUUCUUUUGACAGCAUUAUAGGCCUUUCAAACAAAAGGAAAUAAAUCUCACCUUUGUUAUUUAUUUUUCAUAAAUGGAAAGUAAGAAAAUAAGCAGAAUGAAUAUAUUGAAGCAUUUGUAUAAGACAUAUACAUAUAUCUUAAGAGCUGUUUGCUUAUGAUACACUAUUUUCUUAAACCUGCGAAGGAUAACAAACUCUGCUUUAUAAAAGGUAAAGGUAAAUAAAGGUCUUGUUUAUUAUGUUGAAAGGG